CAUGGAAGUGCUACAUUAUGGAUGGACUGAUGUAAGUUCCGGCUGGUUUCUGCGUGAACUUUGAGGAUCCUCCACAUUUAUGCUUUAGCUCUUUGGAUAGAAGUUUAUUUUAGGUCUUCUACAUGUUUCUCCGAAGUUUCUCCGACCUGUUCCUAUCUUUUUGGGAGAUCGAUGUGCUCUGCUCUUUGGACUGCUCGAGGCUAUUUUCUUUCUUACAUCUUGGCUUUUGGCUGAUCUUAGAAUUUGUUGUCAUCCUUUAUUUAUAGGUGUCUAUUAGUUAUCUUUAUGGCUCUGGAAAGAUUUCGAUCUUUGCCGGCUUCUGGCUCUGGAAGGAAAGUGUUCCUUGCCGGCUUAUGUGUAUUCGACUGCAUUUUACCCGUUUUAAUAUUAAUCCAACAGAUGACAAAAAAAAAAGACAACAUGGAAGAGCACAACUGAACCACUUCUCUCAAAAAAAACCCAAACACACUAUAAAACCCCUCUUCUCGCUCUCCCUCUGUUCAUCUUGCUGAACCCCCACCCCCACCACCACCGUCGUCCUCCGACUCAGACCCAACCUCAUCAUCACACAAUGGGGAAAGGCGGAACCCUCAGCGACAGCGUGAUAAAAAAAAUCAUCCUCUCUUACAGCUACGUAGCGAUAUGGAUCUUCCUAAGCUUCACAGUAAUCGUCUACAACAAAUACAUCCUCGACAAGAAGCUCUACAACUGGCCUUACCCCAUCACCCUCACCAUGAUCCACAUGUCCUUCUGCUCCACCUUAGCAAUCCUCCUCAUCAAAGUGUUUAAACUCGUCGAGCCGGUGUCCAUGUCUCGCGAGACUUACCUCAGAUCAGUCGUCCCUAUAGGAGCGUUGUACUCUCUCUCCUUAUGGUUAUCCAACUCCGCUUACAUCUACCUCUCCGUCUCCUUCAUACAGAUGCUCAAAGCUCUGAUGCCUGUCGCGGUUUACUCCAUUGGCGUCUUACUCAAGAAAGAAUCGUUCAAGUCUGAUACCAUGACGAACAUGUUAUCCAUCUCCUUCGGUGUCGCGAUCGCUGCUUACGGUGAAGCGAGGUUCGACGUGUUUGGUGUGUUUCUCCAGCUCGGAGCGGUUGCUUUCGAGGCGACUCGUUUGGUUCUGAUUCAGAUCUUGCUCACGUCCAAAGGAAUCAACCUUAACCCCAUCACGUCUUUGUACUACGUCGCUCCUUGUUGUUUAGCGUUCUUGUUUAUCCCCUGGAUCUACGUGGAGUUUCCUGUUCUUAGAGACACGUCUAGCUUCCGCUUCGAUUACGUCAUCUUCGGGACGAACUCGUUGUGUGCGUUCGCUUUGAACCUUGCUGUGUUUCUUCUCGUGGGGAAGACUUCGGCAUUGACUAUGAAUGUUGCUGGUGUGGUUAAAGAUUGGCUGUUGAUUGCUUUCUCUUGGUCUGUGAUUAAGGAUACUGUGACUCCUGUUAACCUUUUUGGGUAUGGGGUUGCGUUUUUGGGGGUUGCGUAUUAUAAUCACGCGAAGUUAAAGGGGUUGAAGGCGAAAGAGGCUCAGAAGAAGGUUCAGCAAGGGGAUGAAGAGGGUGGGAGGUUGUUGGAAGUGAGGAAAGGUGGUGAUGGUGAUGGUAAGAAGAAUGAGUCUGCGAACUAGUUUUUAUUUUUUUUGACUCAGAAGGAAGACAAGACACAUAAUAAAAGCAUGGAAGUGAUAUGCUCAUAGGUAGUGAUGCUAGAAUCUUUUGUUGCUUUCCUCUUUGUUUAAAAGUUUUUCUUUUAUCUCUUUUGGUUUUGUUUUCUUCAAGUUAUUUAUGAUUACAAUUGUGUUACCAAACUUUUGUUAUGGAUGGUAGAUUUUGUGAAUCUAAUGGUGUUACUAUGGUGUGUUACCAAAUC